AUGUUAGUGGACUACAGAAGAAGAGCUGAACGCAGACGCGACUUUUACGAAAGGAUAAAAGCAGAUCCCACACAAUUUUUACAAAUACAUGGCAGACAAUGUAAGAUUCAUUUGGACCAGAAUACAGCAACGGCAGCUGAUAAUGCUGCAAUGAUGCCGUGGCAGGGUCAAAGUGACAAUCUUAUAGAUAGAUUUGAUGUCAGGGCUCACUUGGAUUAUAUACCAAAUGUAGAAAAAUUUGUUGAAGAAACACUCACUCAAGAAGAAAGAAACCUUAAUUAUGAAAGGUAUAGAAUAAUUGCUCAAAAUUCAUUUUUAGCUAUACCAGAAGAAAAAUUUUUAAAGCAGUUACACUUAGAAGAACAAUUUGGGUACACAGAAAUAAAAAGUAAAAAAGAUGUUAAAUCUGGAGCUACCAUUGGGUAUAAUUAUGAGGAUUCGACUGGCAUGCCGGUUGAAGGAAUAGAAGAAUCAGAGGAAGAAAAUUCGGAUAAUGACUUAGAUGUUGAUUUGGCGAUAAACGUUUCCAAAAUGGAUCCAGUACAAGCUAACGAUUUGAAUAAACAUGGUCGUAGUUAUGGAAUGAGCUCAAAUGAUUUUUAUUCAUUCUUAAUUAAUGACUUGGAAGAAGCCGAAGCUGAUAAGUUGGCAAGGGAAGAAGAACAAGAAAAAGCUUUGUUUUCGGGUCGCAAAUCACGAAGAGAAAGAAGGUACCAUAGAGAAAAAAGACUAGCCAAUAGAACAAUAAGUCCUCCCAGUUACGCAGCUAAGGUUUCUCCAACUCCUAAUAUUUUCGAAAAUAGAUCCAAAUCCCGUUCUAAAUCACCUUCCCCAGAAAACACUGGAAAAAUUACCUACAUUACAAGCUUUGGUGAAGAGGAGGAGACUCCAUCAAGUAGUAAAGCUACAUUUUCGAAUAAAACAAAAUCAAAAGAUAAAGCUGAAGUUAACUCAGAAAAAUCAUCGUUGAGGAAACAAUUUUCACGGUCCAGAAGUAAAGACCGGUAUGGCCACAGAUCAAAGAAUAAUUCAAGAAGGAAAAGUAGGUCAAGAUCCACAUCCAGAUCACGAUCAAAAUUAGUGAGUGGGAGUAGGACUUACAAUAAUAGAAGAAGCUCUUCAAGAAGUUUAAGCGUUUCAAGGCUAAGAAGUGCAAGUGUUUCUAAAGGCCAAUCUAACAUCAAAAAACGUCGAUCAUCCUCUUCGUCAUCCUCCUCGUCCACCUCAUCAUCAUCUUCAAGUUCUAGUUCCAGUAGUUCUGAUUCUGAUAAAGGUAAUUUAAUUAAAAAUCCCUUAGAAACUGACAAGCAGAGCCCAAUCCAUCCCGUAGAAGUUCCUCCAAAGGUUAUACCUAGAUACUAUGGUAGAAAGCGGUCUGACGAGAGUUCGUCUGAUGAUCUUAAUAGUGAUACUGAAGAUAAAACUAUAGCAGAGGAUGUUAGUGUUGAGUCACAAAAUAAAUCAGCAAAUUCCCGCACGAAUUCAAAUCCAAAUACAGUAUUGACUAUCGCAGAGCGUUUUAAACGAAAAAGGCAAGCUUUACUAAAUAAACAGUUUAAAGCAGAUAAAAUAGCAGAACAAAUUAAAACUGAGAGAGAACGACUAGAACAGCAAACGAGAGAGGAUGAACUGAGAGAGAUGUCUAUCAAACUGAGAAAGCGUCAAAGGGAAAAGCGUCAUGCAAAUGAUAGUGGAAGGUCUUCAAGUUCUGAUGAAAGUAGCGGAAGUAAUCAUUCUCCAUUUACUAAAGAGAAAUCAGUAAGCCCCAUUCGUGAGAAGGAAAAAAAGAGCGAGGCUAGUACUAGUAAUUUACGAAAUCAAGAGUCUAAACAGGAUUAUAGAAGAGAUUAUCGAAGAGAUAGAAGAUCUAGGUCCAGCAGUCGUAAUAGAACUACUAGUAGAGAUUGGAAGCGAAAUAGGACAGAUGCAGAUAUCAGGAAUAAAAGAGACGAAAGGGAUAAAGGUAAGAGAGAUGAUAGGGAUAGGAGAGAUAGGGAAGACAGAGACAGAAGAAGCAGAGACAGGGAUAAAAGAGAUAGAAGAAGAGAUGAAGAAGAAGAUAGAAGAAGAGAUGAAUAUAGAAGGGGUAGAUAG